AUGAUGUUUUGGUUGGCAAAUAUUUGGUGUGCCGUUUGUGUUUUGGUUGGAUGUUCGGCGAGUGGUAUGGUUUUGGACCUUGCUUCUGAUGUUUUACCUGAGGGGGUUGAGGCCUUCUAUGGAACCUUCUCGAAUGGCGGCGUAUACAGAUUUAUACGCGGCGUGGAGGAUCUCAUUACGGAAAUAAGAUACGGCGAUGAGCGGAUUUAUUACCUCUCUGGUCGGGAGGCUUAUGUGAUUUACUCGCAUGUAGAGGAGUUCAUAUGCAAUAGUGAAACAUACAUAAGAUUUUACUUUGGCCUAAACGUAGAUAGAGGUGUUGUAUUCGGCAGCCACACAGUUCAAAUUAAAGAGAAUAAAAUUCAUCCUAUAAAAUCGUUGGAUUUUAAGAAAGUUAUUAGUGGACCGAUUUUGCUAUCAGUUGAUACUACACAAGGAAUGUUGCAUCCCUUGGUAGUUUUGUCUCAUGGACGGUACUGUGAAGGUUCAGCUACAUAUAAUGUGAUUGACCGUGUGCUUCUUGAUACCGGGUUUACUGUUAGGAUGCAACUAUGGUUAUACAAAGUCGGGGAAAUACGUGUCUCGCACAUUAAUGAGACUUCCCUUCGAUGCAUAUCUAUAUUUCGUAUGGCAUGCAAGAAAUUUAUCACAUUUAUGCAAAACCAGUACUUUUAUAUCCGCGCAGACAACAAAGUCGAUGUGCAAAUUGAUAUAUCUCAUAUAAUAAAAAUGAACCCAUCCCAAGCUUGUAAUACAUCAUCGAGCUCGAGUGCUUCCGUGUCGUGUGGCGGAUCAUCCAGCAGCAGUGUGGUAUCCGAAUCGACAUCGCAGUUGGCCCUAUUAUCAGGUCGCAUAGGAGAAGGUAAUCACUUUUCAACUGCAGACCCAUCAAAUACAUCUACGCGUUCAAUAUAUCUACUCGUACCAUCGCGAGUGUAUGACUCACCACUCUUUGAGGAAUACGCAACAUAUGAUGCCUCGAGUAAUACCGUGAUAUAUGACAUGCUCUUCCUCAUUGCGCAUUUAGGUGCACAAGGUCAGGGCAAAUCGCGCAUAACCAUUCAUUUGACCGCAAUUCCUGCCGUUGUCCGCUCAAAUACCCCUUCUGUUGUAUCGUGCGAUUCAACAGAUGCCGCGCCAAAUUCAUCGGGAGGUAACGAUUCACACGCCAACUCCGCCACGCAAAAAGAAGGGGGUACCAACGAGUCAGGCAACUUAGACAAUUCCAUCACAGAAGCAAGGGCGCCGCAUCACGAUGAAUUAGGUGAUGUGCUUGCGGAAUCAGAUAAUCUGUUAGGAGAACAGGUACCGUUCGACGUACUCCAGACGAUGAGCGGCAUUACACCUCCGACUCCAAACCCCGAUGCAUCGAACAUGGGCCAUGCUGUCUCACAAAUGGAUUGUAACGUGCUGCGAGGCUCGGGCAUUGGAAUUGACGCAUCAGAGGCGCCCACAAUCCCUCCUGAGAUGAGCGACGGAGUAUAUUCUACAGGCAUGAUACACGACGAAUACGGUUCAAUAGAUUCGAUCCUGGGGGAUAAAGUAAGCGGCGUAGUGUAUACGUCAUCUGGAUGUUGUGCAGUGGGAGGGCAUGGAGGAAAUCAGUUCUUGGGCGUAGAUUGGCCGUUGAGCGCCGGGACACCUGAUAAAGUAAAACCCUACGCCGCCCGACCACGCCGCAAACGGGUGCGCUUAGACCCCGCUCAAUACUAG